UAGGCCAUCAAUCUCACCUCUGAAAGGUCCUCACCAUCAUGUGUAGAGGUGUGAAAGUGUGGAACUUCCUUCUUAGUGGCCUCAAAGUAAGUUAUUAAAUACCGCUUGUCCCUUAAUAUAUCUAAAGAUAGAGGCCUGUGUUUUAAUCUCAUCGACUGAUGGAGGAACACUUCAACUCAAUACCUGCUAUUCAUCUCCUUCAACAUACCUUAAGAAGCUUGUGUAUUCAUGAAGACUCCCUGUGGGUAUAUGCAGUUUUUUGGAGAAUCUUACCUAGAAACUAUCCACCACCAAAUUGGGAUUUCCAAGGAGCUUUUGACAGGUCAAGAGGAAACAGGAGGAAUUGUAUGUCCCAGGAUACUGGUAUGGGAGGAUGGCUUCUGCAACUUCAUUCCUUCAACCACUGAGAUUAAUCCUGGAGCAGGAUCCUCAGUUCACAGAAACUCUGAAGUUAGACUCCUCGAACUGCAACCAGAGCUAUUUUUCAAGAUGUCACAUGAAAUCUACAAAUAUGGAGAGGACUUGAUUGGAAAAGUUGCUGCAGAUCAUAGUCAUAAAUGGAUUUACAAAGAACAUAGUGAUCCAGAAAACAAUCUUUUCUCUGCAUGGCAAAACUUGGGAGACCUUGUAAGUACUGCAUAUGCCAACAUCAUAUUUUUUUUCUUUCCAUUUGAUCUGGUCUCGCUACUGUCUGCCUGUUUUUCUUUGAAUUACUAUUUGCAGCAUCCAAGGACAUGGAGGGCUCAGUUUCAGUCCGGCAUAAAGACAAUAGCUUUGAUUGCAGUGAAGGAAGGCGUUCUUCAAUUGGGAUCUGUUAAAAAGGUGACAGAAGACCUCAAUUAUGUUACUAUCCUACAAAAGAAAUUCACUCAUCUCCUUAGUAUCCCCGGUUUCCUCCUACCUCAUCCAGCAUCAUGGUCAUCGUCAUCAAUUCCAUCCAAGACUAAUUGUGGCAGUGACAACAUUGUGUCCAACACCUGUCCUUUCCAAGCAGCUUGCCCUCCCCUGACAGCAAUGAAUUUCUAUGAUCAUGCCAAUCAGCCAAUGGUUAUCACUCCAUCUAUGAGCAGCCUUGAGGCACUCCUCUCAAAGCUCCCAUCCGUUGAGCCAACACCGUCCACACCUUUGUCUGGCUACCAUGAGACACCACCAAGGCUAAUAUCCAUCCAAAAGCCACUGGAACUGGAUAUCGAGGUGGUAGCAAUGGAGAUAAAUGAAAGGAAAGAACAUUAGUGAGACUAGCAGUUUCAUGUACUGGUAUCAUUACUGCUGGCUAUGUAAGAUGAUAUAAGAUCAGGUGAGGUACCUUCUAACCUGUCAAUUUUCAGUAUGUCCCAUUAUUGAUUUAUCCUGUCACUGGUAUAUCAUAUGCAGUUGUCCCAGGUAGAAUUUGACUGUGUUUGACUAUUCUAUGUGAAAAAUUCUCAUCUCUA